AAGUCAACUUAAAAUCGGUUCCCAAUUCCUAUGCCCUCCUCAUCACUCAGCAGCAUCACCACGCCGCAGCCGCGCCUUGUGAGCUCGAUCAGAAAAUGGCGGCCGCCUCCCUAUUCGCCGAUCUACUCCGACAAGCGCGACCCAGAAACCCUAGCGUCACCAUCCUCCGGGCCUUUCCUCUCUCCUUGCGCCAACCCUCUCGGCCCUUGUCCUCGGGUCUCGCGAACAGCCAAGGUUUGGCUGUCGAAGAGGAGCCCGCUGCCCUGGUAGACGACCUACGUAGCCGGAUCUUCCGACUCCGGCUUCCUAAGCGGAGCACGAUGGACGCACUCGAUAGAUGGGUCGGUGAGGGGCGCACGGUGACGGCAUCGGAGCUCCGGGAGAUCACUAAGGGCCUAAGGAAAUCGAAGCGCUUUAAGCAUGCCUUGGAGAUAUCAGAGUGGAUGAAAGUUCAUCAGGAGUUUGAGUUAUCGGAUAAAGACUAUGCAACACGCAUUGAUUUGCUUACAAAGGUUUUUGGUCUCAUUGCUGCUGAAGAGUUCUUUGAAGGGUUACCCUCAAGUGCUAAGUCAUAUGAAGCAUGCACUGCUCUCCUGCAUUCAUAUGCUGCAAAAAAACAGAUAGAAAAAGCUGAGAACCUUUUUGAUAGAAUCAAGGAAUUGAAUAUCUCUUCGAGUGUAUUUGCUUAUAAUGAAAUGAUGGCAUUGUAUAUCUCAGUUGGUCAACUGGAUAAAGUUACAGUUGUUGUUGAUGAACUAAAAAGGCAAAAAGUUUCACCUGAUCUUUUCACCUAUAACCUAUGGAUAAGUUCUUGUGCUGCUUCUCUUGACAUCAUUUCUGUAAGAAGGAUUCUUGAUGAGAUGGCUCAGGAUCCAAGAUCUGACAAACAAUGGAUUGCAUACAUGAGACUGACAGAUAUCUAUCUUGCUGCUGGUCAACUUGAGAGUUCACAAUCUUCUCUUUCGGUAGUCGACAAACAGAUUAGCCAGCGCGAGUGGAUCACUUACGACUUUCUAAUUAUUUUACAUGUUGGUCUGGGCAACAUACAAAUGUUAAAUGACAUUUGGAAGUCUAUGAAAAUGACUAAACAGAAAAUGACAAGUAGAAAUUAUAUAUGUGUUAUUAGUUCCUAUCUCAUGGUUGAACAGUUUAAGGAAGCUGGAGAAGUUAUUGAUGAAUGGAAGAAAUCCAAGGGCCAGGAGUUUCACAUCUCUGAUUGCAAUAGACUGUUUGAGGCAUUAAAAAAGACUGGCUUGAGUGACAAAGCAGAGAAAUUCCAUGAGCUAAUGCUUCAGAAGGAUUAUGAACUUACGAGCGACUCUUGACAAUGGCAUAUUCAGUAAUUCGAGAAUGCAACAUGAUGCUUUCGCUUAAAAGAAUACUAAACUUUCACACUUCCAAGAUUGCUGUUAGCUCACCUUCUAUAUUAUCCUUUCAAAUAUGAUAUUUCAUUUCUGUUGAAUUUUACUGCUUGAUAAUGAUUAUCCCAUAUUCUGCUGUAAGCCAAAGUGCAUUAUUUUCUUGCUUGCUUACUAUGGAAUGUAGUGAUAAUACCAUCAAUGAACAAAUCCAUUUCUUGUUUGCAAUUA